UUGCACAUUCUACGCUGAAGUGCAGCUGGGGCAGGCACCGUGGGACAGGGUUCCUCCUCUGCCAGAGCACUCCUGAUGGUUCACCGCUUUCCACACUCGUCGCCGCAACAGUAUCCCUGAACCUGACAGAUUUACCAAGACAGGCCGCGCAGGGCCAGAGCUACCGGUGCUAAGCGAUUCGAAGCGAUUACAGUGCUGCACAGAUUCGUCCUAUAACUUUGACAGGGAGUUCCGUGCUUUGCGCAUUCCGAGGGGAGUUGGGAGAAGAAAGUUUCCCUAUCUCAGGAGAUGUCACACUGCCGCAGCUCCUGGUGUUGUUGCUGCUGUCCUUGGCGCCCAGAGGAUCUCGACGCUGAAGCUGAGCAAGAACCCCUGAUGAUUCCACAGUCGGCACGACAAUUGCGACGUCCAACAGAAGUUAUGUCUAUAAAGGAUGGGAGAAUUUCUGCUAAGAUUGUAAACGUGGCUGAACUUGAUCACUGUUUUGCAAAUAUUGUGGAUACAUUCAAUCAUCAACACAGCAAUUACAUAACUCUGUGUGAGUUCACAAGACUGUUGAAAGAAUGUUGUCAGUGCAACACACUCAUGGACUGUUUUCGGACACUUCAGCUUGAACACAGAGAUUUUACAAUCAAGCUUGACAUGCAGGGCUAUAAUUUUUCACUUUCUGUGCAGCCCAAACAAUCAAUCCCAAAGCAACUUCUGCUUGCACAGCAGUAUACGAAGGAACUGUGUACUUCGACAAAAUCCAUAUUAGCAGCUGACCCUAAACUCCAGGAGAUGAUCAACUCAAUGCUACAGACUGAAGAUAAGCAUCUUGAAAUGGUGAAACAUGUGAAUGAAUCCUAUCAAGAGCGGACUCGAUGUUUGUCGAAUGCCAAAGAUAAUUUCACGGAAUUAAGGCGAGCCAAACAGUUUUCAAAUGUACACAAGGAAUUAGCCGAUAGGGUACUUAAAGAAAUUGUGGGGCUAGUGGGCAUAAAUAUAUAAAAGUUUGGAACAGAUAUAUGAUCAUACUUUGUGAGCUCAUGGUUACAAAAACAAAACACCAUGGAAUUUAGUAACCAUUUGAAUGUUGCCUCCUGUAACUAUAUUCAUUAUUUUCCUGCCCAAGCAGUUUCCUUCAUAGUAAUGAAUGCUUGCUAUGUCACACUAAUACAAGCUGAUUAAAAAUGGUGUUGGGAUUUAGAAUCUAACCUAAAUAAAAACAAUUCUUUAAUUCCCAUGUAAAGUAUUCCAUAUCCUGAACACAUCAGGGAUAGGGUGGAGAUUAAAUUUCCUUACAAGCUCACUAGCUGAUUUGAAAUAACUUUGGAUGAUCUGUAGCAGCCUGUAAAAAAAAUUACUUGCAGUAAAUUUUCACUGAAAGUCAUGAUUGCAUUCUUGAAAAUGGCAACUUUAAGUGAAUCAUGAUUUCCCAUUUUAAUAAAUGUUAAAGCCAGAGAUAGGCUCCUUCUGGCAUUUCUUGUUUGGAAUAAACAACAUACAGCUUGAAAUACAGUACCACGCAUGCAGUACUGUGCAUGCUUAACUAAAAUAACUUGUAAAAUAAACUCAUAAAUGUAACAAAUACUGUGUACAUUUACAUUA